CCACACAAAAGGUAUCUCGUCCCAAAUUCAGUAGCUAUAUGACUAUCUCCUUCCAAAUGCUACGCUUGUAAUUUCUUUCAACACUUUAUCUGAAUUAUCAAAUAACUAUUUUCUCAACAAACAAUGGAAGCCUUCCUGAAAGAGAUUCAACAUCUUAAAAUCCAACUAGAAGAUAUAAAGUCAGCCACAAACAAAUUUGAUAACAACAAAAUCAUCGGAAGAGGCGGAUUUGGGAAGGUGUACAAAGGAGUAAUUUCUCAUUCUAAGGGGCAAAGCAUGGUUGCUUUUAAGCGUCUAGAUAGUAGCUAUGGGCAAGGACAUCCUGAGUUCUUGAAAGAAAUUCUAAUGCUUUCCCGUUGCACACAUGAAAAUGUCAUUUCUCUCAUGGGAUUUUGCAAUGAAGAUGAUGAAAAGAUCAUUGUGUAUGAGUAUGCAUCUCAUGGAAGCCUCGAUCAUCAUUUAAGUAACACUGAUCUCACAUGGAUGCAACGUCUCAAGAUAUGCAUUGCAGCCGCGAAGGGGUUGUGCUACCUUCAUGAUCCCAAUGGAUCAGAACAAAGAGUUAUACACCGUGAUAUUAAAAGUUCCAACAUUCUACUUGAUGAAAAUUGGAAUGCUAAAGUUUCUGACAUGGGACUAUCGAAAAUAGGACCCGCUAAUCAGUCGCACAGUUUUCUUCCCACCAAUGUUGUGGGUACCUUUGGGUAUAUAGAUCCGUUGUAUAUGGAGACAUACUCCCUCACCAAAGAGUCGGAUGUAUACUCUUUUGGUUUGGUCUUAUUUGAAGUAUUGUGUGGGAGACCGUGCAUUGAACAUAAAAAUGGUCAUUUUCAUAGCUUAGUGCCAAUGUGGAAAAAAAGAUAUGAAGAGACGAAAUUAGAUGAGAUUAUCUUUGAAGAGGUGAAACAACAUAUGGAUCCGAGGUCAUUGAAACCAUUUUCAGACAUUGCUUAUCAAUGUUUGCGUAUCUCUCGUGAAGAAAGACCAAAGAUGUCUCGUGUUGUUGAAAAACUUGAAAUAGCGCUUGAGUUUCAAGAGAUCUCUGAAGAGGUGGAGCUACCAAUUGACUAUGAAGAGAUGAGUAAGGCUGCAGUUCCUCCUCUGGUCUACAGAUCCAAAGAAGAACUAAUGAUGCUUCUCUACAAAGGUAUCAUGGUUAACGAGGGCAAAACGUGGUUUUCAUUAAAUAAGAAUGGAGAACAUUGUGAAAUGAUAUCCGCAGCAGAAUGUUUAAUUCCUUUGUACUGUAUCCCUCGACAGAAAAAUACUUUUCCGCCGAAGAAAUCAAGACUUAUAGUGAACGACAAUAUACCAUUAUGUUGGAAAUUCAAAACACAUGUGAGAACACAGUUUUUGUCACCACAUAUCAUGUACACAAUUCAUCUUGUGUUCAAUUUGGAGUACAGAAGUAGCGAUUAUUUAGGCCUUGGUUACAUAUUGGCUGGGGAGACAAAAUCUUCGACUUCAUACUUUGCAGAUAAGAGAGAAGAUGGAUUGUUGAUGGCUGAAUUGUAUCACUUUACUAGCGAUAAGAGAAAUGUUGAUCUUGAAAUUACAUUUGAAUGCCAAAAUCCAUUGAUAGUAGAAGGCAUCGAGUUUCAACCCAUGGAGAGAGUUGAAAAGCAUGAAGUGUUAGAGGAUAAGGAGGUGGAUUUGCAAACCAUAUCACAUUCAGAAACAUAUUGGGAACAAAAAUUGCCAAAUGAUUGGGAAGAGAUGAUCAAGUGGUCAAAAGAUAGUCUGCAAUGGACCACAAAGAAGGAACUCUACUCUAUUCUUUGCAAAGGAUUCCUAAUCAAUAAUGGGGAAGAGUGGUUUUCUCUUGCAAAAUAUGGGAAGAAAUGUCAUAUGCUAUCAGCAAGAAUAAUGGCUUUGCGAAAAUCAGAAUGGAAAUGGCGUUCUUUACCUGAAUCAAGAUUUGAAGAAGUUGCUUUUGAUCCUCAUGGCAGCUUUCGGAUAAAAUGUAGCUCUAAUAUCCUUUCGCCUGAAACAACAUAUGCAAGUUACCUUGUCUACAAAUUACAAGAAAACUAUUAUGGAUUUGAGUCACCUUUAAAAGUGAUUGAUUGUGUGAAAGUGAGUGAUGGUGUUUUCUUUCAACCUUUUGAAAGACAAAAUCAUAGUGAGGAGGAUCUAUCAUGGUAUAUCUAUUUACAUAGUCCUCAAACCCCAAUUAUUAGACGAAAGGUUUAUCAAGAUAACCAUGACCUUGUGAAUAGACCCAAGAAGAAACGGAUUCCACAACAAAGGAAUGACGGUUGGAUGGAAGAAAACGUAUGGGAAUUUCAAACUGGUACUACAACUGAAAGUAUAUCCAAGAAUCUUAGAUUAAUGACCAUUUAUGAUGCUACAAGGUCACUUAAAGGGCUUAUUGUGCAAGGCAUUGAGUUUAGACCCAUAUAGAUUCACUUUAUGCUGUGAUUGAGAUGUCUCCAUGAUUUAUUCUUUUAUCAUUAUUUCAAAUUAUGAGUUAUCUAUUAUUAUUAUUAUUAUUAUUAUUAUUAUUAUUAUUAUUA